GAGAGUGCAGUCAGGCAGCGUCCGCAGGCGUGACAGCGUCUCCCUCGCGGGCGCAGCUCGGAGCCUUGAGACCUGCUCGCUAAACACCUUAAACAAGUUUCACGUUGAAGGAGAAUGAAAGGGAGCCUGAAGGCGGCGGGGUGGAGCCGCACUUAAUUAUUAAAUCGCUUAGUAAUCAAUCAGUCAAUCAAAUCAAUCUUUCGGAUCGAUCGCGAUCGGUCAGCUGGAGCGGAGCUCUGAGAGACGGAGGCUGCUGUCAUUCCUCGCUGUGUCGCAUCCCGUCUUCUGGUCCUCUGCGGUAGGGGCAGCUCCUUUCUGAUGGGUGCGGAACUGCUGGACUUCUACCUGCUUUAGCCGCCACAGGUGAUGAGCCAUGGAACCCGGCAGUGUGGUGCGCGCCAUCUUCGACUUCCGCCCAAGCGUGUCCGAGGAGCUCCCGCUGUUCACCGGCGAUGUCAUCGAGGUGCUCGGUGUGGUCGAUGAGUUCUGGUUGCUCGGCAACAAGGAUGGAGUCACGGGCCAGUUCCCCAGCACGUUUGUGGAGGUCGUCACCGUCCCCAGCACCGGUCCGGGGGACAAGCUCUACGUGUGCAUCAGCGACUACGGCGCCGCGGCAUCCGGCACACUGCCGCUCAAGCGAGGUGACGUGGUGGCGAGCGAGGGCGACGUGGACCGCUCCUGGCUGCGCGGGCGGAACGCCUGGGGGUCCCGAGGGAUCUUCCCCCUGUCGUGCGUGACGGAGCUGCACCUGUCCGUGCGCUCGCGGGAGCUGUGCGAGCGGGCGGCUGCCGCCUCCGAGCUGCCCGGUCAUGCCUUGGGCCAGGCGCGUGCCUUGAUGGGUCUCUCCGCCCAGCUGGAGGAGGAGCUGGACUUCCGCGAGGGGGACAUCAUCACCAUUGUGGGCGUGCCAGAGCCCGGCUGGCUGGAGGGUGAGCUCGAGAGCCGCAGAGGGGUCUUUCCCGAGGGUUUUGUUGAGCUGCUGGCCCCCCUACGCACUGUGGGGGAGUCACCGGAGGUCCAGCGUUACGACACCUAUGCCGAUCCGGAGGAGGAUGAGGAAGAGGAGGAGGAUGGGGUGGAGGAUCACGGUGCAGAGGUGGAGGAACGGGUGCAGCCGGAAAACGGGCUGUAUGGAAUCGCGCUCUAUGACUUCCGGGCCCUGGAGCCGGGGGAGCUGGACUUCGAUGUAGGCGACCGGAUCCUGGUGCUGAGCACGCUGGAGGAUGGCUGGUUGGAGGGCGAGCUGCGAGGCCGCAGAGGAGUGUUCCCACAUCGCUUCGUCAGACUUGAGGACCAGCAUUGCCAUGGCAACUCCCCCCAGGUGGGGGAGGAUGGCACAGCUUCCGGAGACAAAGCAGAGGGUGCGUGCUCCGGGCAGCCCGACUCGAACCGCAGCCAGGCCUGGGACGGCCAGGUGGACUUCACCGCGUGGGACCUGGACUACUUGGAGAGAAGGACAGAUCACAGUUCCGCUGACCCGACGCACCCAGGGGGCCUUUCGGUCUCCAGUUCCGAGCCUCAUGAGUCCGACCACAGCAUCCUGACCGGCAGGAGCCCAGCCAGAGACGCAACAACACCCACGCGGAGCGUUCCUGCCCACCGACCGGUCCAGAGAACCAGUUCCGGCAGCCCUACACCUCCAAAACCACCCCGGCCCAGCCUGCCCCCGCUGUUGGCCCACCGGGAGCCUUUUCGGAAACUGGGGAACGGCGAGGGUCCGCCAUCACCUGCCGUUAGGACUUUGAGCCUGAAGAAUCAGAUGGUUCAGCGCUACAACUGGGCCCACGAGAACGGUUCAGCAGGCAGAAAUGCUUCUGGAGACACCAGGAGCGUUGGCACCUCCGCUACCGCCUCGACAGGAUGGCCCGAGGAGCGUAAACACAGGACGCUGUUCCGUUACGCCAGCGCCACGGAUGCGGACCUUCUGCACCCUUCCGGGACAAGGGGCCGCAAUGGCUUGAGGGAUUUGGACACGAAGCUGUCACAGCAGCUAGCCGAGUUUGAGCGGAGCCUUCCGGGCCGCAAGCCCCAUGACCUGGCCAGAGUGUCCCGCCACUUCUCCAUUCUGGACUACAGCAGCGAGAGUGACAUCAUCCGCGGCUCCGCCCACUCGCCCAGCACCCUUCUGCCUGAGGUUCCUGCAGCCUCGUCCUCCUGCCCUUCUUCCCUGGAAAGACGGAAGGUCCUUAGACCACCUCCACCUCGUCCCAGGAUGCUAAGGGGCCCACAGGGGCCCUUACCUCCUACGGAGCAGCACCAGAGACAUCCCUCUCCCUUCAGACCAGCCCGACAGGCACCGCGACCGCCCCAGCCGUGUCCCCGCCGCAGUGCCGAUCGUAUCUCCCAGGCUCUCUCCUCAGAGGAGGAGGAGCCCCCGGUGGAGGUCAGUGACAGGCUGGAGCAGAUGCAGGAGAAGGAACAGGAGCAGCUGGCCCUCUUGCUGCGGCUCCAGGAGGUGGAGCGAGACCUCGAGAUGUACAACCACUCAGCCGAGGAGCUGCGGGCUAUACUGGAGGAGGAGCAGGACGAGGCGUCACGGCAGCAGGCCUUGGAGAACCUGGACCUGUGCACCUUCAACAUCGACACCCUGAGCCUGGAGCAGCAGCAGCUGCAGGAGAUGACCCUGCUCGCCGAACAGUCCCCGCCGCUGGACACUGCCCCGGCCUCCGUCGCCGAGGACCCCGAGCAGAGGAUGAUGGAGAAGAGGUCAAAGGUCAUAGAAGAGCUCCUGCAGACUGAGCACGACUACAUGAAAGACCUGCAGAUGUGUGUUAAGGAGAUCUUGCAGCCCUUGCAGAGGAAGCAGGUGCCGAACGUGGACAUCGACGGUCUUUUCGGGAACAUCCACGCGGUCAUCGACCUGUCCGGGCGCAUGUACGGGAGCCUCGUGGACACCGACUGCAUAGGGAAGGUGUUCCUGGACCACAAGGCCGAGCUGGAAGAGGUGUACAAGAUCUACUGCCAGAACCACGACGACGCCAUCACGCUGCUGGAGGGCUACGAGAAGGACGAGAACAUUCAGAAGCACAUUCUGGAGUGCCUGGAGAAACUGAGGGCGUUGUACCGCGAGUGGGGCAAGACCAACUACAUCAACUUGGGCUCGUUCCUCAUCAAGCCGGUGCAGAGGGUGAUGCGCUACCCGCUGCUGCUCACCGAGCUGCUGAACACGACGCCCGAGUCGCACCGCGACCGCGAACAGCUCGCCGAGGCUGUGCUGUCCGUCAAGGAGAUCAACGUCAACAUCAACGAGUACAAGAGGAGGAAGGACUUGGUGGUGAAGUACAGGAAGGGUGACGAGGACACUCUGAUUGACAAGAUCUCCAAGCUCAGCAUGCACUCCAUCAUCAAGAAGUCGAACCGCGUGAGCAGCCACCUCAAGCACCUGACCGGGAUCUCGCCCCAGGUCAAGGAUGAGGCAUUCGACGAGGCCGAGAAACGGUUCAGGCUGCAGGAGCGUCUCAUCAAGUCCUUCAUCCGGGACAUUUCCCUGUACCUGCAGCACAUCCGGGAGUCUGCCUCGGUCAAGGUGCUGGCGGCCAUCAGCUUCGGCGACAUCUACACGGAUCGCAACCAGAUUGACCCGGAGCGCUUCCAGAGGGCGCAUCGCUGCAUCAGCGACAAACAUUUCGCAGAGUUUAAGGAGAGGACGGAGACGCUGGUCAUCGCUCCGCUCACGCAGCUCCUCUCCAUGUUCGCCGGGCCGCACAAGCUCAUCCAGAAGCGUUUCGACAAGCUGCUGGACUACGACAACUGCAAGGAGCGCGCCGAGCGCCUGCGCGACCGCAGGGUGCAGGAGGAGCUGCAGGCGGCGCGCAACAACUACGAAGCUCUCAACGCCCAGCUGCUGGACGAGCUGCCCAAGUUUGUGCGCACGGCCGAGGCGCUCUUCACGGGCUGCGUGCGCAGCUUCGCCCAAGCGCAGCGGGACUUCGUGAGCCAGGCUCUCGGCGAGCUGCACCCGCUGCUCCAGCUGGCGAGCGUAGCCGGCAUGGCGGGUCUCGACGGCAACCUGGUGGCGCUCUUCCAGGAGGAGCACGGGCGGGUCCUGCAGCGGCUCCAGACCUUCAGCUUCUUCCCGGAGAACCUGCCCACCACCCGUAAGCCCCCCGAGAAGAAGACCACCGAGCGCCAGGUCGCCAGGAAACAGCUCCUAGGGCCGCCCAACUGUACCCUGCAGACGGACGAGCAGCGCGCCGCCCUGCUGGCCCGUUAUGGCCCAGAGAAGCUUUUCCAGGCAGAGCGCAACUUCAACGCGGCCCAGGAACUGGACGUGUCUCUGCUGGAGGGCGACAUAGUGGGGGUCAUCAAGCAGCAAGACCCCAUGGGAAGCCAAAACCGCUGGCUCAUCGAUAACGGGGUCACCAAGGGCUUUGUGUACAGCUCCUUUCUGAAGCCCUACAACCCACGCAGAAGCCAAUCCGACGUCUCGCUUGGAAGCCACUCCUCCAACGAGUCUGGUUACGGUGGCUCCUCCCCCAUUUUCUCACGGCAAAACAGCAACAGCACGCUCACCUUCAAUCAGGAGAUGGCGACUGUGAGCUUCUCUGCAGCCCCACCCCCUAGCCACACCUCGCCAAACACCGCAACCCAGGAAACCGCCCUCCCCUUGUCACGAAGGAACACGCAGCAGGACAAUCCAGCGUCCGGCGUGACGGACCAAACCAGCCGGAGGGAAACGCUGGACACCUCUCUCCGGAAUUUGACCAAUCACAAGGACCCAGUGGAGUCUUCCCAUCGUAAUCUGACCUAUCGCAGAGAACUGUCAGAUCCCUCCUCUCAGAACCCAGCCAAUCACAGGGACCUGGUGGACCCCUCAGAGCCCGACUCCAGCUCUUGCCUGCACCAGUCUGCACUGGACCCCACCCAGUCCUACGGCCAAUCAGACACUCCCUCUCCGCGGUGCAGCCAAUCAGAGAGUGCGUUUAACUCGAUCGCGCGACGGAACAGGGGCCAACCGCAGAGGAAGCCUCUACACCGCACUGAGGAGUUCACAGAGCCGGAGUCUGAUGGACACCAGAUCUACUACGCUCUGUACUCAUUUAACGCCCGCUGCAGCAACGAGCUCAGCAUCACAGCACACCAGCGCGUCAAGAUCCUCGAGUUCCAGGACAUGAACGGCAACCAGGAGUGGUGGCUGGGCGAGGCAGGCGGUCGCCGUGGUUACGUGCCCUCCAGCUACAUCCGCAAGUCAGAGUACACUUGAGAAAGACCUCUGUGAUCCAACAAUGGUGCCUUACUCCUUGAGGAGGACUUGUGAGUGGUUGAAGGGAACAAGCCCUUCUGGACCUUUUCACAAUGACCUGCCCUUGUGCUGGAAGGAGGAGCAGAAGAGAAACCCCUUUUAUAGUUUUUAUUAUUUUUAAUUUUUUUUUUUUUUUUUUUUUUAGUCCUGGAAUCCAUGGCCUUCAUAUUGCUUUGAAUAUCAGCUGGUCUUGAGACCUGAAGUUUGAGCUGGAUUUUGUACUGAAGGAGGUAUUUCCCAGGCACUGCAGCCAUGUUUGAAAUGGAUACCAUCAUGGUGAGAGUACGCCCCCUAGGGGUUGCUGCACAAAUAAUCUGUGGCUCUUGUGUGGUGUGCAAGACAGCACAUUGCAGAGGUGCACUGUGUGUGGCAAGUGUGGGGGUGGUCACUUUCGGUGUGGUUACAAAUGAACGUGGUCUUAGAAAAGUUUGGCUGCACUUCAGCACCUGAGGUGUUUUGUUAAUUCAUUAGAUUUAAAGUAAUAUGCCAUCAUGGGGUAGGAGAAAGAGGAUCUGCAGUGGAGUGGAUUUCUUUGCCUUGACACCUAGUGAACCUCAGAGCGUGAGACACAACAAACCCCAGCACUGUACACCUGUAGAGAUCUUGUGGGUUUCUGUUGGAUUUCCUCUGGGGUCCUCUAGGGUUUCGGUUGGAUUCCCGUUGGGUUGCUACUACAGUUCCAUUGGGUUUCUAUUGGAGUCCCAUUAAGUUCCCGUUGGGUUUGUUCUGGAAUCCCAUUAGGUUCCUGCUGGGUUUCUACUGGAUUUCCAUUGGGUUUCAACUGGAGUUCCUUCAGGUUGGUGUUGGGUUUCAGAAUGCCAUGAGUCUCCAGAUGAGCAACUUCCAACAGGUUGCACUGCAUCCAUGAAGCUCUAAGAAGAACCCAGUCAUGUUGUGGUUUUCACUGAUGGAUGAAAAAUGGCACAGGUAUGGAGCCCAAUACUGCACUGAUGAGUGCUGUCUGGAAGGAUCGCAUGCCUCACAAGUGUUUGAGACACGUAGCUGGUGUUUGUACUGCUUACAUCUCCAUCCUGCAAGGGAUCUGAGAACUGAAUCUAGCCAACGCAUACAAAGGGGCUUGAGGCUGCUAAGAGGAUAUGUCCUCUGGACAUUCUGGGCUGCAUCUCCUCCCCAUGCAGUGUGAAGAGUGUCUUUACCUCCAUGUCACUGAGUAUUUUAUUUUUUCUGGCCAGUCUCAAUAAAGCAGUCAGUUCAGAUGAUGACUGUUGUCCUUCUUGUCUGCCUCCUGGGUCUGCAACUUUCCACGUAUCACCUUUUGUGCCCUCAGCUCCCACUGCCAACAAGCAGCUGUGUUACACACAGGUUUGUCCUGAAGGAAACAUGACAUGUUCAGAGUUCCAUGAAGGGACAUUGCUUCACUGGGCACAACUCUGUAAUGCAGCUACAACUUUCCAAGUGAACUCAUGAAUUUUCUCUGAAACAAAUUAUGUGAUUGCAUAGAAUGGUCUGGGGCAAAAGCUAGAG